AUGCAUGGGGCCGCAGAUGCGCGUGCAGAGGGCAGCAGGGUGCACGGGGCGCACAGGGCAGCAGGGCGGAAGGGCGCGCGGGGCAGCAGGACAGAAGGGCGCGCGGGGCGCACAGGGCAGCAGGGCAGCAGGGCGCGCGGGGCGCACAGGGCUGCAGGACAGCAGGGCGCGCGGGGCGCACAGGGCUGCAGGGCGCGCGGGGCGCACAGGGCAGCAGAGCAGCAGGGCACGCGGGGCGCACAGGGCUGCGGGGCAGAAGGGCGCGCGGGGCGCACAGGGCUGCAGGGCGCGCGGGGCGCGCAGGACAGCAGGGCGCGCGUGGCGCGCAGGGCUGCAGGGCGCGCGGGGCGCGCAGGGCAGCAGGACAGAAGGGCGCGCGGGGCGCACAGGGCAGCAGGGCAGCAGGGCGCGCGGGGCGCACAGGGCUGCAGGACAGCAGGGCGCGCGGGGCGCACAGGGCUGCAGGGCGCGCGGGGCGCACAGGGCAGCAGAGCAGCAGGGCACGCGGGGCGCACAGGGCUGCAGGGCAGAAGGGCGCGCGGGGCGCACAGGGCUGCAGGGCGCGCGGGGCGCGCAGGACAGCAGGGCGCGCGUGGCGCGCAGGGCUGCAGGGCGCGCAGGGCAGCAGGACAGAAGGGCGCGCGGGGCGCGCAGGGCUGCAGGGCGCACGAGGCGCACAGGGCAGCAGGGCAGCAGGGCACGCGGGGCGCACAAGGCUGCAGGGCAGCAGGGUGCGCGGGGCGCACAGGGCAGCAGGGCAGCAGGGCGCGCGGGGCGCACAGGGCUGCAGGGCGCGCGGGGCGCGCAGGACAGCAGGGCGCGCGUGGCGCGCAGGGCUGCAGGGCGCGCGGGGCGCGCAGGGCAGCAGGACAGAAGGGCGCACGGGGCGCACAGGGCAGCAGGGCAGCAGGGCGCGCGGGGCGCACAGGGCUGCAGGACAGCAGGGCGCGCGGGGCGCACAGGGCUGCAGGGCGCGCGGGGCGCACAGGGCAGCAGAGCAGCAGGGCACGCGGGGCGCACAUGGCUGCAGGGCAGAAGGGCGCGCGGGGCGCACAGGGCUGCAGGGCGCACGGGGCGCGCAGGACAGCAGGGCGCGCGUGGCGCGCAGGGCUGCAGGGCGCGCAGGGCAGCAGGACAGAAGGGCGCGCGGGGCGCGUAGGGCUGCAGGGCGCACGGGGCGCACAGGGCAGCAGGGCAGCAGGGCACGCGGGGCACACAGGGCUGCAGAGCAGCAGGGUGCGCGUGGCACACAGGGCUGCAGGGCGCGCGGGGCGCACAGGGCAGCAGGGCAGCAGGGCACGCGGGGCGAACAGGGCUGCAGGGCAGCAGGGUGCGCGGGGUGCACAGGGAUGCAGGGCGCGCGGGGCGCACAGGACAGCAGGGCGCGCGUGGCGCGCAGGGCUGCAGGGCGCGCAGGGCGCGCAGGGCAGCAGGACAGCAGGGCGCGCGGGAGGCGCAGGGCUGCAGGGCGCACGGGGCGCACAGGGCAGCAGGGCAGCAGGGCACGCGGGGCGCACAGGGCUGCAGGGCAGCAGGGCGCGCGGGGCGCACAGGGCAGCAGGGCAGCAGGGCGCGCGGGGCGCACAGGGCUGCAGGACAGCAGGGCGCGCGGGGCGCACAGGGCUGCAGGGCGCGCGGGGCGCGCAGGACAGCAGGGCGCGCGUGGCGCGCAGGGCUGCAGGGCGCGCAGGGCGCACAGGGCAGCAGGACAGAAGGGCGCGCGGGGCGCGCAGGGCUGCAGGGCGCACGGGGCGCACAGGGCAGCAGGGCAGCAGGGCACGCGGGGCACACAGGGCUGCAGGGCAGCAGGGCGCGCAGGGCGCACAGGGCUGCAGGGUGCGCGGGGCGCACAGGGCAGCAGGGCAGCAGGGCACGCGGGGCGAACAGGGCUGCAGGGCGCGCGGGGCGCACAGGGCAGCAGGGCAGCAGGGCACGCGGGGCGAACAGGGCUGCAGGGCAGCAGGGCGCGCGGGGUGCACAGGGAUGCAGGGCGCGCGGGGCGCGCAGGACAGCAGGGCGCGCGUGGCGCGCAGGGCUGCAGGGCGCGCAGGGCGCACAGGGCAGCAGGGCACGCGGGGCGAACAGGGCUGCAGGGCAGCAGGGCGCGCGGGGUGCACAGGGAUGCAGGGCGCGCGGGGCGCGCAGGACAACAGGGCGCGCUUGGCGCGCAGGGCUGCAGGGCGCGCAGGGCUGCAGGGCGCGCAGGGCGCGCAGGGCAGCAGGACAACAGGGCGCGCGGGACGCGCAGGGCUGCAGGGCGCACGGGGCGCACAGGGCAGCAGGGCAGCAGGGCACGCGGGGCGCACAGGGCUGCAGGGCAGCAGGGCGCGCGGGGCGCACAGGGCAGCAGGGCAGCAGGGCGCGCGGGGCGCACAGGGCUGCAGGACAGCAGGGCGCGCGGGGCGCACAGGGCUGCAGGGCGCGCGGGGCGCGCAGGACAGCAGGGCGCGCGUGGCGCGCAGGGCUGCAGGGCGCGCAGGGCGCACAGGGCAGCAGGACAGAAGGGCGCGCGGGGCGCGCAGGGCUGCAGGGCGCACGGGGCGCACAGGGCAGCAGGGCAGCAGGGCACGCGGGGCACACAGGGCUGCAGGGCAGCAGGGCGCGCAGGGCGCACAGGGCUGCAGGGUGCGCGGGGCGCACAGGGCAGCAGGGCAGCAGGGCACGCGGGGCGAACAGGGCUGCAGGGUAGCAGGGCGCGCGGGGCGCACAGGGCUGCAGGGCGCGCGGGGCGCGCAGGACAGCAGGGCGCGCGUGGCGUGCAGGGCUGCAGGGCGUGCAGGGCGCGCAGGACAGCAGGACAGCAGGGCGCGCGGGGCGCGCAGGGCUGCAGGGAGCACGGGGCGCACAGGGCAGCAGGGCAGCAGGGCGCAUGGGGCGCACAGGGCUGCAGAUCCCCUCCCCCCACUGCUGCACUCGCAGCAGAGGGAUGGAGGAGAAGGGGGGGGGGCGGGGGGGAGCUGCAGGGGGAUGGAGGAGAAAGGGGCGGGGGGGUGGGGGGGGGCUGGUGCUGCAGAUCCCCUCCCCCCCACUGCUGCACCCACAGCAGGGGGAUGGAGGAGAAGAGGGGGCGGGGGGGCUGGUGCUUCAGAUCCCCUCCCCCCCCACUGCUGCACCCACGGCAGGGGAAUGGAGGAGAAGGGGGAGGGGGGAAGGGGGGGGCUGGUGCUGCAGAUCCCCUCCCACCCACUGCUGCACCCGCAGCAGAGGGAUGGAGGAGAAGUCAGCCACGCCCCAGAACCGCACCCCUCUUGCCACCCCCUCACCCUCCAUGAUCCGCGCCCCCAAGUCCCUUCCCUUCCCCCCCCCCCCCUCCUUUUCCGCUGCACGCGCAGCAGGGAGAGGGAGAACGAAGUUGGGGGGGGCGGGUCCUCGGGCGAUGAGGCAAGGGGCGACGAGGCCGCGGGCGACAGGUCCUCGGGCGACAUGGCCGCGGGAGACAGAGCCGCAGGCCACGGCGCCUUGGGCGACGAGGCCGGGGCCUAG